CCCUCGCGUCGCAUUAUGAGCAGCCGAGCGCAGAGUCGUAGUAGCGGCUGCUCCAGCCUCUGCCCGCUCCGGCUCCUCCCGCGGAUGCUCCGUAGGUCCUCCCAGCUCACAAUGCAGCUCACCGACCGACGGGGUGCCCAGCACCUUCUUUGCAGUCUCCCCCGUCCCUUCUAACCCGCUUCGGAGUGGCUUUGCUGGGGAGGCAGACGCGCCGUGCCAUCCUAGGCCCCGGGCUCACUUCUUCGCUCUCCAGCAGCGUCCCCAUCGCGGGCUCCCCAUUACGCGCGGUAGCGAUGGGGGUGCUGCUAGCACUCUGCCUCCUCUUGACCCGGCUGUGCUGGGUCCCCGCGGGCGCCCAGCAGUCCGGGGAGUAUUGCCACGGCUGGGUGGACGUGCAAGGCAACUACCACGAGGGCUUCCAGUGCCCGGAGGACUUCGACACGCUGGACGCCACCAUCUGCUGUGGCUCCUGCGCCCUGCGCUAUUGCUGCGCCGCGGCCGAUGCCAGGCUGGAGCAGGGCGGCUGCACCAACGACCGCGGAGAACUGGAGCACCCCGGCAUCACGGCGCAGCCUGUCUACGUUCCUUUUCUAAUCGUCGGCUCCAUCUUCAUCGCCUUCAUCAUCCUGGGCUCCUUAGUGGCGAUCUAUUGCUGCACCUGCUUGAGACCCAAGGAACCCUCCCAGCAGCCAAUCCGCUUCUCGCUGCGCAGCUAUCAGACAGAAACCCUGCCCAUGAUCUUGACAUCCACGAACCUCAGGGCGCCUUCCAGGCAGUCGAGUACAGCCACCAGCUCCAGCUCCACCGGGGGCUCCGUACGUAGGUUCUCAUUCGCCAGGGCAGAGCCAGGCUGCCUGGUACCUUCACCUCCUCCACCUUACACCACUGGUCACCCAAUCCACCUGACCCAACCAUCUGGUUUUCUGGUAUCACCCCAGUACUUCGCUUAUUCUCUCCAGCAGGAGCCUCCGCUGCCUGGGAAGAGCUGUCCAGACUUCAAUUCCAGUUGACAGGCCAUGGACAUUAAUCCGUCACAGAGUACGAGGCCAAACAGGCACAGAGUGGCUUGUUGCAAGUAUUUAGAAGGAAAUUCCCCAGAGUCCAUCUAUGUGGUUAAGCAAAGUGCUAAGACUAAACAGCAACUACUAUUCUUCAGUUUCCUGGUCUCAAUCUUACAGGUCAAAGCACAAAAUUCUAAUAUUAGAUCAAUGCUUUUUUGCUUUGAGAACGUGAUGGCCAUUACAUGUCUGUGUAGGCUUACUUUUAUCAAGAUAUGCAGCAGUUCAAGCACCAUGUUACAAAUGGGCUGACUACAUUUUAUUAGACAAUUCCAUCGGGCUACUUAGA